AUGUACGCGCGCAACUUUGAGCGUCGACCAUGGCUCACGCUCGCCGUCACCAACGGUGCUCUCGGCGUGAUCGCCGACGGUGCAGCGCAAACGUUGGAACGCAUCAGUCAAGCUCAAUCGCGCCAACAGGAGCUCGAGAGGCAAGGACGCACGGCUAGCGAUGCAUCAGCAGAUUCUUCACAAGCCAAGGGAUGGGACUUGGCGAGAUCCGGCAGAUUUAUGGCGUUCAACGUCGGAAUGGCGCCGCUGCUGGCAGAGUGGAACAGAUUUUUGGAGUUCCGAUUCCCUCUGAGGAGUUCAUCGGCGGGUACGGGAGCAGCAUCGGCAGUAGCGAGCGCGGCUUCAGCGGCAGGCAAGGUCAGCUUCAGAGCUCUGGGUAAUCGUCUUCUGAUGGAUCAGCUCGUCUUUGCGCCGUUCGGUCUAGCAAUGUUCGUCGGAGCGAUGGGAUACAUGGAACGCGGAAGCACCGACGGCGUCAAGGACAAGUUCCGCGAAAUGUACAUCCCCGCGCUGCUAGCGAAUUGGCAGGUGUGGCCGCUGGUACAGCUCGUCAACUUCCGAUACAUGCCUUUGAAGUAUCGAGUGCCGUUCGUGUCGACAGUAGGCAUCUUGUGGACCAUCGGCUUGUCGCUCUUUUCCCAAUCGACACGACCGAAGGAAUCACCUAAAAUGACAGAAACUCAGGCGAUCCAGUUGAGCAGUCCUUCGGCGCCAACGGAACGAUCCUGA